AUGGGUCGGCAAAUCUUCCUGGGCCUCAGAGGCAAGAGGCUAAAUGCCCUUGUCGUUUUUGUUGCUGGCGCAGAAUUUCUACUCUUUGGGUACGAUCAGGGAGUUAUGGGAGGACUUCUGACUCUGCCGUCAUUUACCAAAGUGUUCCCCGAGAUAUGCACUACCCAUGCCUGCGAAACUGGCAUGUCGAACGCCGGGAAGAGUCACCAGUCGACCAUUCAAGGUGUAGCCAUCUCUUCUUACAACCUUGGCUGCUUCACCGGUGCUCUCCUCGCCAUGAAAAUGGGCAACAUGCUCGGUCGAAGACGAUCCAUAUUCGUUGGAUGCUUGCUAGUCUCGGUUGGCGCUGUGCUCCAAUUCUCGGCAUUUGGCCUCGCUCAAUUCAUCGUCGGCCGCGUGGUCUGCGGUAUGGGCACUGGAAUCAACACGUCGACUGUGCCAGUCUGGCAGGCAGAAUGCACAAAGCCCCAUCAACGAGGACCCAUCCUUGCCUUGGAGACGUCAAUGGUCAUAGCUGGCGUCAUGAUCAGUUACUGGAUUGACUUCGGCUUCUCGUACCUGGAGCCAAGCUCGGUAGCAUGGAGAUUCCCAAUCGCCUUCCAACUGGUGUUCUCCUUCUUCGUUCUGGCAAUGAUACUUUUACUGCCCGAAUCGCCCCGUUGGCUAAUCUUGAAAGAUCGACCGGAUGAUGCGGUCCAGGUGAUAAGCGCGCUGUACGACUUACCAGCCAGCGAUCCUCUUGUGGCUGAUCAGCUACGCGCAAUUCAUGCCAUUCAUCAUGCCGACGCACAGACAGGAAUGAAGGACAUGUUCCGACAGGGACCCCUGAAGAACCGCACCCGGACGUUACUGGCUAUGAGUGUUCAGAUCAUAAGUCAGGUGUCCGGCAUCAAUAUCAUCACCUAUUACGCCGCCACGAUCUACCAAAAUGAGAUCGGCUUGACCCCUCUGGUGUCGAGGAUCUUAGCCGCAGGCAACGGCACACAAUACUUUGUUGCUUCGUUGUUCUCGAUCCCACUGGUCAGAUACAUGAAUCGCAGGCCGCUUCUGAUGCUGUGCUGUACUGGCCAAGGGUGCACGAUGGUACUGUUGGCGAUCAUGACGAGUAUUGGUGGUACUGGCCCGGGUAUCGCUGCAGCUGCAUUCUUGUUCGUCUUCAACACCUUUUUUGGCAUCGGUUCCGCGCAGCUAUCGUGGACAUAUCCUGCUGAGAUCACUCCCCUUGCUACCCGCACUCAAGCCAAUGGACUGUCAACAGCAUCGAAUUGGAUUUUCAAUUUCAUGGUCGUCAUGAUUACCCCCAUCGCCUUCAAUAACAUCGGGUGGCGAACCUAUAUCAUUUUCGCCGUUCUCAACUUGGCAGCGGUUCCAGUCAUAUUUUUGCUGUACCCAGAAACACGAGGCCGUUCCCUCGAGGAGAUCGACCUCAUAUUUCGCAGCUCGGCUACUCUGCGCCAAGCAGUCCAGGCAUCCUUCACCACAGAAAGACACUACGACCAGAAAGGCCAUAUGAUGAAGAGCCUAGCUCAAGACGUUGAAGAAGUCUACAUCAUGAAGAAAGCGGAACCAGAAGUUCAGCAUCAUGAUCAUAUCGCCAGCUGA